AUGAGGAGAUCACGAUCAUGGGGUUUGGUAGCAGUAGCAACAGCAGCAGCAGCGGUAGCGGCACCAGGAGCUUCUGCUUUCUUGAUCCCAAGAGCCGCCUGUAAUACACGGGAUGCAUCAAGAGGAGGAGGGGGAGGCACGGCCGGAGCAAGCAGUAGCAGCAGAAGCACCACCACCACCACCACCACCAGCGGUGAUCCUGCCCGGUUGGCGCCGUCGUCGCAACCAAGAUGUUCAGGGCUAACGCUCGGAGGUAGCGGCGAUGCCCGUCGGCGUCAGCAGCAGAGUCGUGGUGACCUGGUGAGGAUGCUGGCUAAGGCGACGGCAAGCAGGGAGGAGACCGAGACCGACGUCUCGCUCAUCCGAAAUUUCUCGAUCGUGGCGCACAUCGACCACGGCAAGAGUACGCUGGCGGACAGGUUGCUGGAGUACUGCGACGCGGUGGCGAAGCGGGAGAUGAAGAAGCAGCUGCUGGACAGCAUGGACCUGGAGCGGGAGAGGGGCAUCACCAUCAAGCUCAACGCUGCGAGGAUAGAGUACCCCGCGGAAGACGGGAAGACGUACGUCCUCAACCUCAUCGACACGCCUGGGCACGUCGACUUCUCCUACGAGGUAUCCCGGUCGCUGGCGGCGUGCGAGGGCGCCCUACUCGUGGUGGACGCGUCUCAGGGGGUGGAGGCGCAGACCCUGGCCAACGUCUACCUCGCCCUGGAGAACGACCUCGAGAUCAUCACGGUGCUCAACAAGAUAGACCUGCCCGCCGCGGACCCCUACCGCAUCGCCGAAGAGGUGGAAGCGACGAUUGGUCUGGACUGCACCGAGGCCAUCCCGGCGUCCGCGAAGACGGGGGUAGGCAUUCAGGAGAUCCUCGAGGCGGUGGUGAAAAACGUCCCGCCGCCCCCGGGUCCCACGGGGGGACCCCUUAGGGCGCUCAUCUACGACUCUGUCUACGACGAGUACAAGGGUGUGAUCGUGUACUUCCGCAUCGUAGACGGUGAGAUCCGAAGGGGGGACAAGAUCAAGUUCAUGGCCAACGGGGUCGAGCGCGAGGUGAUCGAGGUCGGGGUGCGAAAACCCGGGGCGUACGAGAUGGAGCGACUGGGGACGGGCGAGGUGGGCUACAUGGUCUGCGGGGUUAAGAACGUCCUGGACGCUCGCGUGGGGGACACCAUCACCAGCGCCAAAGAACCGUCGGAGGAACCGUUGGACGGAUACGAGGAGGCGAAACCCAUGGUGUUCUGCGGGCUGUAUCCCACUGACGCGGAGGAUUACGAAAUCCUGCGAGACUCGCUGGGGAAGCUCAAGCUCAACGACGCCGCUCUGGCCUACGAGCCCGAGGCUUCGUCCGCGAUGGGCUUCGGCUUCAGGUGCGGUUUCCUUGGGCUGUUGCACAUGGAGAUCGUGCAGGAGAGGCUGGAGAGGGAGUACAACCUUGACCUCGUCAUCACCGCACCUUCGGUUGUCUACAAGGCGCGGACGCCCAAGGGCGAACUGAUUGAUGUCGACAGCCCGUUCAAGAUGCCGGACGCGGACAAGCGGAGCGGCACUCAGGAGCCCUUCGUCAGGCUGGAGAUGCUCACCCCACAGGAGUACACCGGCACCUUGAUGGAGCUGUGCCAGAGCCGUCGGGGUGUGCUGAUGGACAUGAAGUUCGUGACGUCUGCGAGGGGGAGCAUCAUCUACGAGAUACCGCUGGCGGAGGUUAUCACGGAUUUCUUCGACCAGGUUAAGUCCCGCAGCAAGGGUUACGCCUCCAUGGAGUACCAGAUCCUGGAGUGGCGGGACCAGGACCUGGUGCGGUUGGACAUCAAGAUCAACGGGGAGGACGCGCCCCCGCUGUCGACGGUGUGCCACAGGGACCAGGCGCAUCAGAGGGGUAAAGUGCUGACGGAGAAGCUCAAGCAGCUGAUCCCGAGGCAAAUGUUCCGGGUGCCGAUCCAGGCCUGCAUCGGGGUGAAGCCCGUGGCGUCAUCGGCGAUCCCGCCGAUGCGUAAGGACGUCCUGGCCAAGUGCUACGGUGGCGACAUCUCGAGGAAGAAGAAGCUGCUCAACAAGCAGGCCAAGGGCAAGAAGAGGAUGAAGUCCAUGGGUAGGGUCAACGUGCCCCAGGAGGCCUUCAUGGCCGUUCUAGACCUCGGUAACGAGUGAUGAUGUUGUGAUGAUGAUGAUGAAGAUGGACGUGACUGCUGCUGUGGUCCGCACCCAUCCGUGCGUGUGGUUGCAGGGUUUGUUGUUCUUGUCAUCGUCACAUCGCAGCAGUGGCUUGGUAUGACGAGGCUGCUUGACUCCUUUGACAAAGAAGGAGGAGCGGGCUUCAUGCCGUCCCAAACCUCAGCAACGAGUGAUGGUGAUGCAUGCAUUAGCUGCUUGACGCCUUUGACAAGAAGGAAGAGUGCUAAGGUUUCUCGUGGGGGUCCUUCCCCGUAGCAGUCGUGACAAAGAGGCGAGGAGAGAAAUGAAGCACGAGGUUGGUGGCAAUGACCCGGCGGUGUCCGGGACGUCUGGAGGAGCCGCUUCGGGCUCACGGAGAGCGUGCGUGUUUAUCUCGGGGUGAGAUUCGUGAAAUUGACGUGUUUAUAGAGGCAGGACUUGUGUGUGAGGAUAAGGAUGGAUGCAACGGUGGAGGGAGUCAUGAAGGUCAAGUGGUGUGGAAACCAAGCCUCGGAUUGUUUUCGGAUUGUUUUGGGACAUGUGCGAGCAUGCUCUCUCUGGGGGGUGUGAGACACACAAGACGGGAGGUAUUUCGUGUCCGGGUGAUACAUCCAGAGGCCCUCAUUGCCGCGCUGUCGGCCUCCGCGACUACUAGUAAUGUUACUCUUAGGCGUCUACUCUUGAUAGCGUCAAAAUAAUAGAAAGACUGCACGCCUUCAAGGCAUUGUUCCGUCCGUUGCACGAUAGUGGACAUUCGUGGCGUGCGAGGGGUGCUCGACAUCCAGCAGCGAUGUAUUUUCAUGCACUGCAUGACGUUGCGAUGGUUUUUGCCCCUGAGACAAGAGUAGUGUUUCGUGUGUGUUUCGGAACAGUUGUACUUUGUUCAAGGGCUCAACCAUUGCCCCGAGCUCCCCCAACGACCGGUUCAUCGUAACUGUCGGAUGCGGCUAUUACAAUACCUGAUCAACGUCCAAGACACACACCCCGCGGGCGUGGUCGGUGCGAUAAGAAUAGGAGUAGUAAAUAGUGCGGUUGAUUCCCCACUUGCAUGCAGCCAAGAGACGGACUUAGAAAAGCAAAGGUUUCCGGAUCAACACCAAAAGAGUGGCGGGCAGAAACAAAAAAAUGAACCACAUGUAUCCAUGUACCGGCGGUGAUGUCGUCGGUUGACGUUAGACGUGUGUCGAACGGCCAACCGGACGAACGCCACACAGCAGUACGGCUUCGUCUUGUUGAUUCAAUCUAUGGAGCUUCGCGGAGGCGGUAUGGUGUUGUACUUCGCGUAUCGUUCCCUCUCUGUCUUUGUGCUUGCUUGGCGGCAAGAUAC